AUGAAUUCUUUCUUUUUUCUUAUUUUCUUCUUGUCGAUUUCUUCUUUUUUUUCUUUCUUUUUUGUUGUUAAUAUAAAAAUGAACAUUUUUCAUUCUUCUUUUUCUUCUUCGUCGAUACCAAACCGAACUUUUUCCCUACAUCAAUCAUUUCUUGCUGUUCUCUUUUUUCCCCUCUCCUUCAUUUUUGUUGAAGAAACUCGUUCAUUUUUUCUCUUUUUCAGAAACUCAUUCAUCGUUAUUAAAGUAAAACGAUUCUUUUCUUUUUUUCGUUUCUUCAUGAAUAAUUUCAUUCUAUCUAUCUAUCUAUCUAUCUAUCUGGAUGAUCAAUUAUCCAUCUAUCUCUAUUCUUCUAUAUAUCUAUCUAUCUAUAUAGACAUCUAUCUAUCUAUUUUUAUUGAAAAAUCAUCUAUCUAUCUAAAUUUAUCUACAAUCUAUCUAUUCUAUUUAUCUAUCCAUUUCUUCAAAAUCUAUCUAUCUAUUUCAUUUUCUUCAAAUCUAUCUAUCUAUCUAAAUCUAUCUAUCUAUCUAUUUCAUUUCUUCAAUAUUAUUCAUCUAUCUAAUAUCUAUUCAUGCAUCCAUUCUUGGAAUAUCAGGAACACAGCAUAUCUAUCUAUCUAUUUUCUUCAAUAUCUUCAAUCUAUCUAUCUAUUUCAGUUUUUUUCAAAUAUUAUCUAUUUCAUUUUUCAGUAUUUAUCUAUUUCAGUUUCUAAAUCAAUAAAUCUAUCUAUCUAUCUAUUCACAGUUUCUUUUUAA